CAAAAGUAUUGCGAGCGCUCGCAAAAGUAUUGCGAGAUCUCGCAAUAAGUAUUGCGAGCGCUCGCAAAAGUCUGAUUUGGAGUCUGUACCUCCAAAUCAGCACUGAAACCUUAGAAACAACCACAGCGAUGGAGGACACACACCCAUUUGAGCGAUUCAUAGAUUUUUACUUUGAGCUUGGACUAAACUAUAAAGACAUUAAAACUGUGCUUUGCAUUAGACACAGUUUUCAUAUAAGCGAAAGACAUCUGAAGAGAGUUCUUAGCGCAAGGGGACACACUCGCCACAAAGCGUACUCUGACCUGGCCGUCUUGGUUGAAUUUAUAGACAACCAAUUGCAGUACUCUGGGCAGCUUCACGGAUACCGAUGGAUGUACGCUAAAUGCAGGGAACAUGGACUACGCGUGAGGAAAGAGGAUGUGCGCUUGGUUUUGAAGGAGCUGGAUCCCCGAGGCGUCGCACUGAGGCAAGCAGUACGUUUCAGGCGGAGGAACUAUUUUUCAAAAGGGCCGAAUUUCAUCUGGCACAUGGACUCCUACGACAAACUGAAGCCAUAUGGCAUCUGUAUCAAUGGUAGUAUUGACGGUUUCUCGAGAAAAAUAAUCUGGCUUAAUGCAUACACAACAAAUAGUAAUCCGAAAGUGAUCGGGGGGUAUUACAUAGAAGCGGUGCAGCGUUUAAAGGGCUGCCCUAGAGUUGUGAGGGGCGAUCUUGGAACUGAAAAUGGCCAUGUUAGAGGCUUUCAGCGUUUCCUUGUGCCCGUGGCUCCUAACGACACCCCUGAGAGUUACUUGGAGGGAGCAAGUACCGCCAAUCAAAGGAUUGAAUACUGGUGGCGUUUUCUUCGCAGCCAGUGUCUGGAGUUCUGGUUAUCCUUAUUUGCAGACAUCAGAGACAACGGGUACUUUGAUGGUGGGUUUCUGGACAAAAACCUCCUUCAGUUUUGUUGCAUGGGACUCAUCCAGGAUGAGCUGGAUGACACUGCACAGGUUUGGAAUACACACUCCAUCAGGCCAUCAGCAAACAUCAAUAUCCCCAGUGGUCGACCUAAUGUAAUGUAUACAUUACCUGAGCUCUACGGGACAAGAGACUUCCUUUGCCCCACUGAAGAAGAACAUGUUGAAAUGUGUAAAACUGAGUGUGUUUUUCGACUGACCAAACCAUGUGACCCCGAUGUAUAUGAACUGUGCAAUAUCAUCAUGACUGAGUCCCAUCUGACUCCACCAACAGACCCAUAUCAGGCUGUGAACUUGUACAUGCAUUUAAGAGAGAACAUCAUGGCAUUAGUGUAAAUUGCAUACAAUGCAGCAGAGAACAUUACUCAAAAUUGACCUGUGAUAUGUGCGAAAGCUAACUUCUGGAUGUUAAACAGACUUUAAACUGUAAGCUUUCUAGUACACAGUCAUUUAUGAGAAUAUCUUAUAUAGAAAUAUUUAUUGUUGUGUUCCAGGGGGGUCAGUGAACUAAAGUAUAAAGGGGAGUCUCUGCCUGUUAAUGAUAUUCUGAGUGUUCUUUAGCACAAAAACAUUGUAAUGUUCUGUCAAAUGUUAUCAAGUUCCAUGUCUAUGUGUAUUACUUCGAAUUACUUUAACUGUGUAUUUGGCUUGAUACAUGGAUCAAAACAUAAGACACAUCUUAAUUUAAUGUGUUAGGAGUUUAAUGUACAGUGUUAAAUCAGAUAAUGGUGGUUUAUGUUGAGUAUUUUGUAAUAAUUUUUAAAUGGUGAGUUGGUUUUUAUUUACACCAUCUGUAUUUGUUAAUGAUGGGAAUGUUUAGUUGUUGAUAUUGGCUAGAAUACUGUUUAAAAUCGAAGAGAUAUGAUAUUAUGCCUUGCUGCUUUAUAUAUAUUAUAACGCCAACUGUCACAUUGGCAGGCUACAUGAAAUGGUACUAAGGGGCAUCAUGAUCUGAGAGGGGGCACCUUGGCAUUUUGCUGAACUCCAGUUUCUCUGGCUAAAAAUAUAGUUAUUUCAUGUCAUUUUUGCUUCUUUUUUUUUUUUAACUAUUUAUUCUGAUUCCAGAAGAGCUUUAGUUUUUUAAUGUUUAAACAAAACUGAAAAAAUAAAGAACUAAAUAGAGACCUUUUGAACUCUUAAAAUUUCUAAUAGAUAUAAACAUUCUUUUUUUGUCACUGAAUUUAUCUGAAGCUUAUUUUAUCAGCUGAAUAACAAAUUCUUUGCACCCACCUGUUCUGUUGAUGAACAGCAAUUUCAUUCGAAUGCUAUUUUUGCAAAACUCACCACUCAUGAAAGGAUGAUAUGUGUUGUUGAACUACCGGACAAAUAAACUGAAAUCGAAUCAAUUUCUAAUCAUUUUUGGACUAUGUAGUACAGACAACUAAAAAAUUGCAAAUGACAAAAGCAUAUCGACAACAUCUGUGUAUUGACUGCCUGUGUUCCCAGGCACUUUAAUUUCAGAGAAGGGUAGACAGAAUUGCAUAAUCUUUCAAAAAUGUAGCAAUACUUUAUAAUUAACCAUAUAUACUAUUUAAUCUAAUUAGAAAUCCUGGCCUACAAUCUUGUUUAUCAUAGAAACUGUUAAAUCUGAUGAUCAUUGCUUGUUAAUUUGUAAUUAUAUAAGACAGUAUAAAGAAUUGUGAAUCAUCUGUAUGUCACAUUAUGGCAAAGUCCUUUCCAAAAAAAAAAACUUGUGAUGGCAAUAUGAUUUUUAACAAAACAACUAGUAAACAUUUUGGAAGCUAAUCAAGGGAAAAUAGGACUUAUUGUUACAAGAUUAUGUUUAUAGGCCACAUCAGCUUUAAGAAUUUGUAAACAGGGUCUUAUCAUUAACUUUCAAUAACUUCUUUCGCAACCAUAGUGACAUUCUUUACUAAUAUUAAUGGACUUUUCACACUAAAAUCAAAUUUACAAAUUUUUCUGUUCGCUAGCUGUAGUAUUCCUUAAUCCACACUGUUUUAGUGUGAGUUGCCCAAUUUUAGAGAUAUUGACUGUACAAGCCUACCCCUAAAUUGUUUCACAUGGUACUUAAUGCUUAGUAGCAAAGUCCUUAUGUAGACCUUAUGUAGCUUCAUGUUGUUUUUC